UUAUGUUUUAUUAACAGCUUUUACCGAUUUGUUCUGGAACCAGAACUGAUGUCAGGGGCUAAUGACGCUUCUUCUCUUGGACCAGUGGCAAAAUUCCUGGAUAUUCCUGAAUCACCCCUCCUAACCCUCAACAUGAUUACUCCAGAAGGCUGGUUGGUUGAAACAGUACACAGCAACUGUGACCUUGAUAAUAUUCACUUAAAGGAUACUGAGAAAACUGUUACUGCAGAAUAUGAACUAGAAUACUUAGUACUUGAAGGACAUUGCUUUGAUAAAAUGACAGAACAGCCUCCUCAGGGUCUGCAGUUUACACUAGGCACAAAAAAUAAACCUGUUGUGGUUGAUACAACAGUGAUGGCCAAUCUUGGAUAUUUUCAAUUAAAAGCAAACCCAGGUGCUUGGAUACUGAGGUUAUGCCAAGGAAAAUCUGAAGAUAUUUAUCAAAUAGUUGGGCAUGAAGGAACUGACUCUCAAGCAGACCUAGGGGAUGUCAUUGUUGUAUUAAACAGCUUCAAAAGCAAGAUCCUGGAAGUAAAAGUGAAAAAAAAACCAGAUAAAAUUAAGGAAGAUAUCCUUAAUGAUGAAGAUGAAAAAACAAAAGGAAUGUGGGAUUCCAUUAAAAGUUUCACAGUAAGGUUGCAUAAAGAAGACAAAAAUGAAAAAGAUGUCCUAAACAUUUUUUCAGUUGCUUCAGGUCAUUUAUAUGAACGCUUUUUAAGAAUUAUGAUGCUUUCUGUUUUACGUAACACCAAAACACCAGUGAAGUUCUGGUUUCUAAAAAAUUAUCUCUCACCAACAUUUAAAGAAGUAAUUCCUCACAUGGCUAAGGAAUAUGGAUUCCAGUAUGAACUAGUUCAAUAUAGGUGGCCCCGCUGGCUUCAUCAACAGACUGAAAAACAAAGGAUUAUUUGGGGUUACAAAAUUCUUUUUCUUGAUGUUCUUUUCCCACUAGCAGUGGACAAAAUCAUUUUUGUUGAUGCUGACCAGAUUGUAAGACAUGAUCUAAAAGAACUUCGAGAUUUUGAUCUGGAUGGAGCUCCUUAUGGGUAUACUCCAUUUUGUGAUAGCCGCAGGGAAAUGGAUGGAUAUCGUUUCUGGAAAACAGGAUACUGGGCAUCACAUCUUUUAAGAAGGAAAUACCAUAUCAGUGCUUUAUACGUAGUGGAUCUCAAGAAGUUCAGAAGAAUUGCAGCAGGUGACAGGCUCAGAAGCCAGUACCAAGCUCUCAGUCAAGAUCCGAACAGUCUUUCAAACCUAGAUCAGGAUCUCCCCAAUAAUAUGAUUUACCAAGUUGCCAUUAAGUCUCUUCCUCAAGACUGGCUGUGGUGUGAAACCUGGUGUGAUGAUGAAUCCAAACAAAGAGCCAAAACAAUUGAUCUGUGUAAUAAUCCCAAAACAAAAGAACCCAAACUAAAGGCUGCUGCCAGAAUUGUCCCAGAAUGGGUGGAGUAUGAUGCUGAGAUAAGACAACUAUUGGAUCAUCUUGAAAACAAGAAGAAAGAUGCAAUUUUAACACAUGAUGAACUCUAGCACUGAUUUAUAUCAGAAGGAAGGUGAAAGCAUGACAGGAAAUCUUCCGCGUGCAGGAAGUGUGGAGCCACUGCUCAGACUAUUUGGAAGUCUCAUUAAGAUCAGUGACAUAUUCUUUAAUUUUUAAAAAUUGUAAUUAUUUAAAACACAUGUAUUUAAUGUAUUGAAUAAGUUUAAGUUUUAUAAUAAAUGACCAUUGAGUAUUUAAAA